CGCCCUAGAAGUCUCUCUCCACCUCUCUCUCUCUCGACUUACUUUCACUCAGGAUUUCGCAGACUGCGCACGUUUCGCUACUGUAGUGUAGUAAUCGAAAUCAGUCAUCCAUAGUCGUUUGUGUGGACGUACAGAUCGGUCGGGUGUAGCGCGUUCGGCGAGAGAGAAGAAGAGAAAAUCGAAGUAAUUGGAUUUUUCAAUUAAAGAAAUUGCGCCGCAAUUGUUCACGUUAUUACGGUACACGAAAAAUGGCGGAGAAUCUUGAGAGGCAAACACCACCGAAUUUCAACGAGGAGACGAAAUCUGCUGGACAGCCGUUGUCGGACUUUCUGUUGCAGCUAGAAGAUUACACGCCUACGGUACCUGAUGCCAUCAGUGAACAUUAUCUGCACACAGCUGGUUUCAACACUACUGAUCCCAGGAUAGUACGCCUGGUAUCGUUAGCAGCUCAAAAGUUCAUCUCAGAAAUAGCUAAUGAUGCACUACAGCACUGUAAAACACGUGGUGCCAAUCAGAACACAAAGACGAAGGGUAAGGAUCGGAGAUAUACCUUGACUAUGGAAGAUCUGACCCCAGCAGUAGCUGAAUAUGGUAUAAUAGUGAAGAAGCCGCAUUACUUUGUCUGAUGGGAGAAGUUCGAGCGUAAUAUCUUAUACGUUAUGUAUGUAUAUGUGAAUGAAUGAAUGAAGUAUAUAUGUUCAUACUUGUGUAUGUAUAUCAUAUAUCUUGCUAGGAAUAUUUUUAUAAGUAUUUAAGCAAUAUAUCUGUGAUGAAAUAAAAAAUCAUAUUGUAUCAGUAGAUUGACAAUAUAUUAUAAUAGUAUUAAAAUAUGUCAUUUGGCAUGAUUUGUUCUCACUAAUAAUAGAAAAUGUAGUUUACGAUAGCUGUCAUUGGAGUGAGUAAAUAUUCUGCAAGUGAGGUAUACCAAUAAAAGCAAAUUAUCAAA